CUUCUACUACUUUCACUUUGACUUUGGUUCACUGCGGCUGGCUCCGCUUCAAUAUGUUUACAUUUAUUCUCUUCCCUCUCUUUGCUCUUCGAGUCUUGUGCCAAAACAUAUCCGCACUUCAAUCUGACUAUCAAACGCCUUAUAUUUCUGCCGAGCCUUUUGCUCCAUAUGACCCAGUACGCGCAUCAGUCUUUCGGUAUCGCCAGCAGCAGUCAGUAAACCUUGGUUCUUGGUUUGUUCAAGAGCAAUGGAUGGUUCCUUCCAUUUUCGAAUGUGCAGCAGAGCCCAAAAUUGCAGAAAUCGAUAUAGCUAACGGCGGAUGUAAUCCUCAAGCUAUACUUGAAAAGCAUUGGGAUACUUUCAUCACACAGCAAGACUUCAACUAUCUUGCGAGCAUUGGUAUCAACACCGUACGACUUCCCAUCGGUUACUGGUCUCUUGGUCCGAACUUUGUUCAAGACACUCCCUUUGCAAACCUUUCGUCUGUCUACGAGAAUGCAUGGCCUCAUGUCGUUCGUGCUAUCAACAUGGCUGAAGCGUCGAAUAUCGCCGUUAUCGUAGACUUGCACGGAGCUCCGGGAAGCCAAAAUGGUCAACCUCACUCGGGUAUAUCAGAUGGAAAGGCGAAUCUGUGCGCCAACUCCACGUAUCAAGAGAAGACUCUGCAAGUUGUUCAAUAUCUCGCAACGGAACUGUGCUUCGUUUCCAAUGUAGCCGGCGUCCAGAUAUUAAAUGAACCGGAAGAUUGUUCUGAGCUUACCGAUUUCUACACUCUCGCUACUAAUGUCAUCAGAAGUGCAUGUUCUCUGCCAGAUUUUCCUGUCUAUCUUCAUGACGCUUUCGACUUGGAUCGUUUCAAAGAUUACGUUUCCGCCAAAGUUCCCGAUUUCAGUGUUCAAGAUCAUCAUUCCUACUACGUGUAUACGCCUCAAGACGACGCCGAACCUGCAGAAAAUCACACGACCGACGUCCAAACUACAGUUACUUCUCAACUUGCUAGUGCUAAUGACACUUUACUGCACAACCUCAUCAUUGGAGAAUGGUCUUGUGCGCUCACUCCCGACAGUUUGAAGAACGAGUCAGACCCUCAGCAAGCUCGACGUGAUUUUUGUACGGCUCAGUAUGUUGCCUACACCCGGGACACUCCAGGAAACAGUUUUUGGUCGUACAAGAAGGAAGAUUGUGAUCCUGACUGGUGUUUCCUCAAUGCUGUUAACAACUCGCUCCCUUCGUCGUUCUUCUCUUACGGUUCUGGACCUAUUACUUCGGAGCAAUACCAUAUGAUCCAACUGCUCGAGCCAGAAAUAGUCACUUUAACGGCUGGUAACUUGGUCCCUCGCAGAGAUAAUACCUUUUCUAUAUCAAGUGAAGCAUCCCCAUCGAGAUACCGCCAUCGUAGCCACGCAAUAGCACACCGUCGACAGUUUUCGGGACAAAAUACAACUUCGUUUACGUCAACGCUGUCCCCAGAGAUGAAAGACUACCAGAAUGGAUAUCAGGAAGGAUUUAUUACUGCGCAGAAAUUCGCGUUAUAUGGAGGGUCAAGGCUGGGCUUCCUUGGUCAGUAUCUUUGGACUGGGAUAAGUGGGUCUGGUGAUUCUUGGGGGCCGGAAGGAGGCUCCUUUCGACAAGGCUUUGUGCAGGGGUUGAGAGAUGCAGAAGAUAAGAUUUCUGGAAUUACAAGGCAACUUUGAUAAUUAUGGCUCUUGGUUUCAACCAAAUAUUGUUUUGUAUAUAAUUUCGAACUAUCCUUCACUCAAUCUUUCGCAUG